AGGUAGGUAGGUAGAGAAACACGACAGGCAUCUUGGCAUCGAUUAACAGAGACUUGACAGAGACAGGAUCUAACACAUCGAGGUAGUCUCCCGGUGAAUCUUUUGCGGUUCGACGAGCCGCUCAACUUUUUUCGUUCGAUUGAGAGCAAUUUAUAACAUGAUGAGGAACGUUGCAAUAAUGCGAAAGAGUCACUAUUGCUGGCGUAAAGCUGUAACAAAGCACCCGGGAAAUGCGUUUUCGCGAUACCAAGGUCGGUCCAAGUCGAGCGAUUUCCACGAGAAUCCUGACGACGUCCACCACAAUGAUUCGUACCGAGUCGGAGCAUGGAAUAAAUUUCCUGACGGAAGCCGCUUUUGGAAGAAGACAACAGACGGAAACUUCCAACGCCCAAUCUUCGUAGCGGCAACUCGACAGCACGUAGGGAAGACUACGACGUCAUUGGCGCUGUGUUCCGGCUUGAAGAAGCGAUAUGAAAAAGUAGGAUUUCUAAAACCAGUUGGGCAACAGCAUGUGGAGGUCAAAUCGGAGAAUCGCAAUGCUACGAUACGGGUCGACAAAGAUAUCUGUCUUGUAAAGGAACACUUUAAACUUGAUCAUAUCGACUACGAACAUAUGAGUCCAGUUAUCGUACCCCGGGGGUAUACCAAAAAAUUUGUUGAUGGCGAAGUGUCUCUACAUACCCAGAUUGAUGACGUGAUUGAUGCCAUGGAGCAUGUGUCUGCUGCAAGCGAUGUGGUUUUGUGCGAAGGCACCGGUCACUGUGCUGUUGGAUCCAUUGUCGGUCUCAAUAACGCCAAAGUGGCAUCUUUGAUUGGCGCCGACAUGGUGUUGGUCGCCAAUGGCGGACUCGGCUCGGCAUUCGAUGAGCUCAAUCUCAACCGCAUUCUGUGUCAGCACUACAACGUUCGUGUAGCGGGUGUGAUUAUCAAUAAGGUGAUACCCGAUAAACACGAGCAGACAAAACAUUACAUGCGUAAGGCACUGAUGCAGGCUUGGGGUGUACCGUUGUUAGGCUGUAUCCCAGAUCGACCUUUCUUGGGCUGCCCUGCUCUAGCCGACUUGGAAAACUUGUUCCAAACGCAGCUCAUUUCUGGGGAAGAACAUCGAUUCAGGCAUUACAAUACGAGUGAUAUCAAUGUUGUCACUACUUCCCUGACGCGCUUUUUGGAAAAUUUGCGCCACAAACAGUCGAGAACAUUGUACAUUUGUCACGUCACACAUUGUCCAACCGAAGUGAUUUUUAAUCUUUUGCUACUCGUCCUCUUUUUAGGUGACGAUUUGAUUGUUGGAUUCAUGGGGGAAUAUCAUCGACGACGGGAACAAUCUGAGACUCCAUUUGAGGCUGCAUUGUUGGUUUGUGGUCGAAAGGGAAAGUAUCAGCUUUCACAGGAAGUGACCGACAUGUUGAGAGGGUUAAAGGGCGCUCCUGUCAUGACUGUAGGACUCUCGACCCACGAUGCCAUGACGGCUAUCCACAACUACACGCCCAAGCUCAAUAUUCAUGACACAAAUCGCGUAAAUGUCGCCGUUGACCAUUACGAACCCUAUAUUGACUUCGACGAGCUCAUCCGACGGACGCAAGCAAGCAAUUCUAAUUUCAAUGAACCCGGGAGUAUUUCGAUGGAGGAAUUACGGACUCUAUAGCAUCAAAAUAUUGGUAGUGUUGUCAGGCACUCUUUUGGAUGUGAGAACGAUUCACCACGACAUUUGUGGUAAAUAUUUACAUUAGUUCGCUCAUGGUCAGUUCAUUUCCAUUAAAUAGGUGUCGCAGCCAUAGUGU